AUGGGCCGGAUUGCUGCUCUCAGGGAGUUCACCGAAUCCCUGCCGGAGGUCCCAGCGGAGACAUCAAACGAGGAGGUCUCGCAGAUCCAGAACCUGAUCGAGGAGACUCACAAGGCGUUCGUAAAGGAGCACGCCUAUUUCGAGGUAUCAUGGCCUACGACGCUUACUCACCAUGAGUACUUCGCCGAGAACGCUCACCAGGCUGAGUUGCGAUGCUACAUGCAGGCGCGACGAGUCAUCGGCGUGCUUCGUCACGCAUUGGCAGCUCAGCCCGCUCAACAACAGACUAGCUCAUCGGCCGGCGAGGCUCGGCAGACGCUCUCACGCUUGCCGGACAUCUCACUCCCCAAGUUUACGGGGGAGUAUGCCGCGUGGCCUGCUUUCAGAGAUCUCUUCACCAGCCUGAUCAUGCAGAACGAGCAGCUCACGAACGUCGAGCGACUUCACUACCUCCGUUCGUCGGUGGAAGGCGCGCCAGCUCAGCUGAUCGCAGGAUUUCUCAUGUCCGGAGACUCACUCAUGCCGUCCUGGGAGUUACUCAAGGAGCGGUAUGAGAACAAACGCCUGCUCAUACAAGCCUGCCUUGACAAAUUGUUCGCCAGCUCAACCCCGGUGCCAAGGAAGGCGGCGUCCUUGGAUCGGCUUGUUUCGGGAGUCAGGGAGGCGCUCAAGGGACUGGAGGCCCUCGAGGUUACGGACAAGCUCGGGGAUUGCGCGGUAGUCUAUCAUGUCACGCGACUCCUGGAUCGCGUGACACACGAGCAGUGGGAGAGCUCUAUUGGCGCUACGCGUGACUACCCCACGUUCGAGAAGCUCAAGGAUUUUUUGACGACGAAAAUACGGGCUCUCGAGCGGAUAGAAACAUCGACAGCUCAUCCUGGUCCCCGCGGAGCAUCCUCACCACCGAAGAAGACGACAGCUCAUCAGGCUACUCAUCAGUCUGCUCACCAAGGCGAUACAUCCUACCCGUGUGACUGCUGCGGAGCGCAGCAUUUCAUAGUCACGUGUGGUAAAUUCCGGGAGCUACCACCAUCCGAGCGGUACACGGUGGCGAUACAGAAGCGGUUGUGCUUCAAUUGCCUGGGACGUCAUAGUGUGCGCGCAUGUAAGUCUCAACGAGGCUGUAAGACCUGCUCGGGGCGGCACCAUACAAUGCUGCACGGUACACAGACAGCCUCAUCGGCAGCUCAGAAGUCCGGUGGGUCAUCGGCCACUCCCGCUAAUUGA